UGAACAAAACGCUCAAAAGGAGGAGUAAAUGCGAAAAUCUAUUUGUCUAUUUUUGGAAAAUACGUAUGUUGGAGAAUACCGAAAGAGGAGAUACAAAUCAAUUGAUGGCGGCGGCUGAGGCCAGGCCCGCGAGGCAAUACACAGAUAUUCCCCUCUCCCGCUCUCUGUUUUUCUUCCAUACAAAUACGAACAAGACCCAACCACCCCUAUUUGUUGAUUUCGAUUUCAUUAUAGCCAUGUGAUCCCUUUCUCUCUGAUCGUUAGGGUUUGCUCUCUCCUCCCACUUGCGGAACGUGCAUAUUCGUAUCUUACUUACGUACAUAGUACGACCAUCAUACCCAGAUAGCAAUUUUGUAUAAAGUUGGAAUUUGGUUGGGCCGAGGUGGUUGUUUUCUCUGGGGAUGGUUAGUGAUGGUGAUGGGUCGAGAGGGCGGCUACUUGGUGCCGGCUGAUCCGAAGAAGAAAGUUGCUGGGUCGCGGAGCUGGCUGCUGAUGGACGCUUCCGGCCAGGAGAUUCUUCUCGAUGUCGACAAGUACGCUAUCAUGCACCGAGUCCAAAUCCACGCGCGCGAUCUCCGGAUUCUCGAUCCCCUUCUUUCCUACCCCUCCACUAUACUCGGCCGUGAACGCGCCAUUGUUCUCAAUUUAGAGCAUAUCAAGGCUAUUAUUACAUCUGAAGAGGUGCUUCUUCGUGAUCCAUCAGACGAAAAUGUUACUCCUGUAGUUGAGGAACUCAGAAGACGUCUGAAGCCUGUAAUUGCAAAUCAUGAAGAUCAAGGGGAAGGCAAAGAUUCCAAUGCUCAGCAUGAUGUUGAAACAGCUGAAGAAGAUGAAUCUCCAUUUGAGUUCAGGGCCUUGGAGAUUGCUUUAGAGGCCAUAUGCAGUUUUCUUGCUGCCAGGACAAUGGAUCUUGAGACUGAUGUCUACCCAGCUUUGGAUAUGCUUACCUCCAAGAUUAGCAGCAAAAAUUUGGACAGAGUUCGGAAGCUAAAGAGUCAAAUGACAAGGUUGACUGCUCGUGUGCAAAAGGUGAGAGAUGAACUGGAACAACUCCUGGACGAUGAUGAUGAUAUGGCAGAUCUUUAUUUGUCUAGAAAACUUACUGGUGCUUCUUCACCUGUAAGUGUAUCUGCCAGUUGGCUUCUGGCUUCACCGACAAUUGGCUCAAAGAUAUCAAGAGCUAGUCGGGCAAGUAUUGCAACUGUCCGAGGGGAUGAAAAUGACAUUGAAGAUCUAGAGAUGCUACUAGAAGCUUACUUCAUGCAAAUUGAUGGAACAUUGAAUAAGCUAAACACACUACGUGAAUAUAUUGAUAAUACAGAAGAUUACAUUAACAUUCAGCUUGACAAUCACCGAAAUCAGCUCAUUCAGCUAGAACUCUUUCUCAGUUCAGGAACGGUUGUUAUGUCUAUAUAUUCUUUGGUGGCUGGAAUAUUUGGAAUGAACAUCCCAUUUUCUUGGAAUGAAAGUCAUGGAUACAUGUUUAAAUGGGUGGUCAUUGUCACAGGGACUUUUUGUGUAUUGCUUUUUAUUCUAAUUGUAUAUUAUGCUCGCCAUAAGGGACUUGUUGGAUCAUAAAUCUCUUCCAAAGGGACAUUUGAUCAUAUAUGCCAAAAUGCCUACAUGGAUGGGGCAACAAAAAAUGUGAACUUCUGGUGACUAUAACUCUGACGAUAAUCAUGGUAGGUGAGAUCAAAGAUGACACAAUACGACAUGGACACAAAAUAUGACAUGUUGAAAAUGGCGAAGAUUAAAGAUGUUGGAUAGGGGGAUGAUGAGGGCAGUGUGAAUGGGGGAGGAGGAGAGGAGAUGAAUAAAAGAAGGGAUGAGAGGAGCAAAUAAAUAGCAUGUACAUCAUGGUGUACUUAUGAUGUACCUCUACCAUUUUUGAAAAAUAAAUCUUGCGUAUGUUACUUCUUUUGUCAUUGUUUACAGUGAAAUUGACGACAAAUGUUUAAAAUUCAUAUUUUCGUAUUAUUAGUUUUACUUUUAUGGCUAAUUGGUUGAAGUUGUGUAGACGAUCAUUUUAAUUAUUUUUCAUGUUUUUAUAUUUAUUUCAUUAAUAAAAUACAUGUUAAUUU